GUUGCAGGAUUCCAGGCCACGGGCCAAGUCCUGUGGUAACAUGAACUCCACCCUUAUCAGACAGGGCCAGACACAUGCUAACAUGCAUGAGGCGGUAUGUUCGCAUCAGUGUGUGGUCACAACCAAUGAAACUUACACUUACCAUGGACCCCAUGUUGGCUCAACCCCCAGUAAUGUGCAUACUGAUGGAGUGUUAAAGCGAGAUACAGGCUCUUCAGUUCGCUGCUGCCCGUUUGUAUGCCUCCGGUAACCAAACCAAUAUAGCUAACCUGAUGACUGCUGGCUCAUGAUAAGUGUUCUUCAGGCCAGCGGUAACCAGAAAAGCGGUUCUCUGUGGCUCCAGCUUCUACAGAGACUAUGGCAGAGUCCCGAGAUCAUGGCAUGAGGUUCCUGGAGGGACACAAGGAACAGAUCAUUGAGAGGGUAAGACGGGCCGAGCCCAUAGUCGAUGCUGCCGUCUCACAGCAUCUGGUCCGAGAGGAGCUGGCACAAGGGGCCCGGGCUGCCGUGAGCCCUCAGGACGUGAUGAGGGAACUUUUUGAGGCCUUGGAAGCUGAGAUAUUGCAACGGAGAGACACGUUCUACCAAAUAUUGAAGCAGGUUGAACCUGAUCUCAUCCAAGAGCUGGAACAGAGGGAAGCAGAGCACAAGGAGGAAGAGGUGCAGAUACAGAUGGAAUACAAAUAUGAAGAGACCAAGGAAGUGGAGAAAAUGAAGGCUGAAGAAGCUCAAAUGAAGAAAGAUUCCCUGAAGAGAAGGAGAGAGGGGACACUGAGAGCGAUCGAAGAAAUAGAAAGGCUCUGGGAAGCCACUAAGAAAGAGGUGAGCGAGCUAGAGCAGACAAGGGGGACGAGAGUGAGAAUUCAGAGACAAAAAGAAGAAAUAAAAAUCAUACUAGAGGAGAAGAAGCAACUGGAAAACAGGACCGAGCAGAUGAAGGUGGAAAUGCAGAACAUGAAGGAGGAGACGAGGAGCGAGAGGGAGAGAAUGAAAGCGGAGUUACAGGCAGAGAAAGACACACUGGAGAAAAGAAAAGAAGAGAUGAGAAGAGAGAGAGAAGAUCUGGAGCUGAUCAAGCAGGAGGUGCUGAGAGCGAGGGAAGAGAUGGAACAAAGCAAAGCAGAAAUAAAACUUGAGAAGGACAAGAUGGAAGAGAUGAAAUCUGAGAUACAGAGACAGAUAGAGGAAAUAGAGCACAGGAUCGAGGAGACCAAACAUGCAAAAGACAAGAUGGAUCAUAUGAAAGUUGAGCUGCAGAUAGAGAAAGAGGAUCUUGAGAGAAGAAGAGAAGACACCAAGAAGCAAAAGGAACAGCUUGAGCAGAUCAAUUGGGAAAUCAACAGGGUCAAGGAAGAGUUGGAAAAAAGAUGGAAUGAGACAGAGAAAGAAGGGCUUGAACAAAGAGCUUGGAUACAGAGAGAGAGGGAUGAACUACAGCUGAUGAGGGCAGAGAUGCAGAGAGCCAAAGAACAGAUAGAGCAAAGUAGAGAAAUGACAAAGCGAGAGAUGGACAAGAUUGAAAAAAUGAAAACUGAGAUAUACAGAGAAAGGGACUCCCUGGAAAGAAGUAGAAAUGAGGCACAAAGAGAAAAAACUGAAUUCCAGCAGACAGCGUACAUGAUACAGAGAGCGAAAGAAGAGAUGGAACAAAAGAGGAAAGAGAUAGAACGGGAAAAUAACGAGAUGCAAGAGAUGAAGGUUGUACUGCAGAGACGGAUGGAAGAAAUAGAAAAUGCGAUUAUGGAGUCGAAGAAAGCGAAUGACAAAAUGCAGGAGACAAAGGCAGAGAUACAGAGGGCAAAAGAAGUGCUAGAAAAACAAAGGGAUGAGACAAGGAGAGCAAAGGAAGAUCUGGAGAAACGACGGUAUGAGACUGUGAAAGAAGAGUUGGAACAAAGAGCUGAGAUACAGAGAGAGAAAGAAGAGAUGGAACAGGUGAAGUCUGAAAGGCAGAGAGCACAUGAACAGAUGGAAAGAAUAAGAACUGAAAAAGAAAAAGAGCUCGAACAAGAAAAAAGAGAGAUAAAUCGACAGAGGCACAAUAUUGAACAAAUGCAAGGGGAGUUACAAACAGAGAAAGAUUCCCUGGAGAGAAGAAGAACUGAGACAAGGAGAGAACGAGAAGAGGUGGAAAAGAUGAAGACUGAGAUACAGAGAUCUAGAGAAGAGAUGGAACAAAGCUGGGAAUUUACCAAACGAGAAAAGGACAAGAUUGAAGAGAUGAAAUCUGAGAUACAGAGACAGAUAGAGGAAAUAGAGCACAGGAUAGAAGAGACCAAACGUGCAAAAGACAAGAUGGAUCAUAUGAAGGCAGAGAUGCAGAGAGAGAGGGAGGAUUUGGAGAGAAGAAGGGAUGAGACAAGGAAAGAUAAAGAGCAGCUUGAACAGAUCAAGCAAAAGAUUUUUAGAGUAAAAGAAGAGAUGGAGAAGAGGUUGUUUGAAGCUGAGAAAGAGGAGCUGGAACACAGAGAUGGAAUUCAGAAAGAGAGGGAAGAGCUUGAGCAGAUGAGGGCUGAGAUCCAGAGAGCCAAAGAACAGAUAGAAGAAAGUAGGGAAGUGACAAAGCACGAGAGGGCUGAGUUUGAGAAAGUGAAAUCUGAGGUAAACGUACAGAGAGAAAUCCUGGAGAAAAAAAUAAUGGAGACCACAAGUGAAAGGGAAGAGUUGGAACAAAUCAAAUGUGAGAUGCUGAGAGCAAAUGAAGAGAUGGAACAGAGUAGAGAAGUAAUGCAGCUUGAGAAGGACCAAAUAAAGCUGAUGAAAGACGAGAUACAAAAAAAGAUGGCGGAAAUAGAUAACAGGCUCGAAGAAACCAAGCAAGAAAAAAAUAAAAUGGAACAAAUGAAGGCUGAGAUACAGACUGAAAAAACUAUGUUGGAAAAGCAAAGAGAUGACACAGGAAGAGCAAAGGAAGAGAUGGUAAAAAGACGGUACGAGACAAUGAAGGAAGAAAUGCAACAGAGAGCUGCAAUAGACAGGGGGAAAGAAGUGCUGGAACAGAUCAGGUCUGAGAUACAGAGAACAAGAGCAGAGAUGGAGAACUUAAUAGACAAGACGGAAAAAGACCUAAAGCAGGUGAGGGAACAGAGCAAUCAAGAGGGGGACAGGAUUGCACAAAUGAGAGCAGAGACACAGGCGGAGAGGGAUGCUCUUGAGAGGAAAAAGGAUGAGAUGGCAAGAGAGAGGGAAGACUUAGAGAUGAUGAGGAAUGAGAUAAUGAGAACCAGAGAAGAGAUGGAACAAGAAAAGAGAGAGACAAACCAAGAAAAGGACAAGAUAGAACAGAUGAAAUCAGAGAUUCAGAGACAGAUAAAAGAAAUGGAACAAAAUAUGGAACAUGCAAGACAAGCAAAGUACAAGAUGGAGCAGAUGACGGUGGAAAUGCAGAGAAAGAGAGAGGAUGUAGAGAUAACAACUGAUGAAAAACGGACAGAGGAAGUGCCAUUUGAAAAGGUCAAACAAGAGAUUGAAAAAGUGAAAGAACAGGUGCAGAAAUUUUGGGAUGAUACUGAGAGAGAAAUGUUGGAGGAGUGGGCCAGGUUUCAGAAAGAGAAAGAAGAGCUGGAAAAAAGGAUGGAAAAACUGAGGAAAGAGUUGAAUGAGAUUGAAAUGACAAAGUCUGAGCUUGAGAGACAGAAAGAAGAUAUUGAAACGAGGAUGGAAAUGAAAAACAGGGAACUGGAAAGAAUCCAAGAGCAGAGGGCUGAGUUAGAAAGGCAGAAAGAAGAACUUGAAGAAAGGAUGAAAAGGACAAAAGAAGAGAAGGACAAGCUUGAAAAGAUUAUGGCUGAGAUACAAAGACAGACGAAAGAGUUGGAAUGGAGGUUGGAAAUCGCAAAGAUUGAGAAAGAUCAGGUGGAAGUGAUGAAAGCUGAAUUACAGAAACAGAGCGAGGAACUAGAAAAACAGAGGGAAGUGUCCAAGAAGGAGAGGGAUGCUUCUGAAAAGAUGAAGGCUGAAAUGUUGCGAGAAAAAGAACAAAUGGAGAAAACCAAAGAAGAGAUAAGGAGAGAAAAGGACAAAAUGGCUGUGAUGGAGACAGAUUCCAAAAGGACAGAAGAAAUAGAACAAGCAAGGAAAAACAUAAAGCUAGAGAGGGAUGAGGUGCAACAGAUGAAGAUUGAAUUUCAAGACCAAAAACAGGUGAUCGAAAGGACAAUGGAAAAUAUUGUGAGAGAUAAGAAUGAAGUGGAAAAAGAAAGGGCAGACAUGCAAAGAUGGAAAGAAGAACUGAAUAAAAAGAGUGGUGAGAUAAGAAGGGAGAAGGCUGAGAUGGAAGAGAUGAAGGCUGAGAUACAACGACAGAAAGAAAAAAACAUGAAAGAUGCAGAACAUGUGCAAAAGAUUAUGGGUGAAAUGGUAAAAGAGAAAGAAGACCUUCAAAUGAAAAUGGCAGAGCUGAAGACAGAGGAGGGCAGAAUGGCAAAAAUGAUGGUUGAUUUGGAGGGAAAAAAUAAAGAAGUAGAUAAAAGUCUUGAAGAUAUAAGAAUGGAAAAAGAUGACAUUAAAGAAACGAAGGCUUAUUUAAAAAAACAAAGAAAUGACCUUGAAAACAGGAUGAUAGACAUAAAGAAAGAAGAGGACAAGAUAGCUAUGGCUGUGGCUGAUUUAGAAAGACAGAGAGAAGACCUGGCAACCAAGCAGGAAUGGGUGAGGAGAGAGAAGGAUGAGAGGGAGAUCAUCAUGGCUGAUUCACAGAGAGAAAAGGAAGACACUGAAAGAACUAAAGCAGAAAUCUGGAGGGGAAAAGAAACUACCGAUGAACAGAAAACUGAAAUAAAAUAUGAUCUUGAGAUGAAAACAGGAAAGAUAAAACCAGAAAAGGAAGAGGUAACAAUGGAAGAACGAACUGCAAGGGUCACAAGAGAAGAGGAUAAAGCUGACUUACUCAAACCUGAGAUGGAAAGAGAGAAAGACAACCUGGAAAUCAAAAUGCAAGAGAUGAGGACAGAGAAGGAAAAGAUGGAUAUCAUUAAAGCUGACAUUCGGAAAGAGAAAGAAGUUAUUGAAGGAAGCAGAAGAGACAUUGCUUCACAGAAAGCGGAUCUUGACAAGGUUGAAGCUGACAUAAAAAAACAAAAAUACGAACUGGAAUCAAAGAUGGAAGCCAUGAAGAGAGAGAUGGAGAAGUUAGGGCAGUUGCAUCUUAACAUGCAGAAACUGAAUGAUGAAAUUAAAGAAAACCAGGAAGAAGUAAGGCGGGAGAAAGCAGAGAUACAGCAACAGAACGAGAAGUUGAUUGAUUUGGAGAAAAAGAGCAAAGAUGUAGAUAAACACCUUGAGGAGGUAAUGUCAGAAAAAUAUGCCAUUGAACAGAUGAGGGAUGACAUGAAAAAACAAAAAGAUAACCUGGAAAAAAGAAUGAAAGACAUGAAAAAAGAAGAGGACAAGAUUAGCAUUGCUAUUGCUAACAUAGAAAAACAGAAAGAAGUGAUAGAAGAAAGCAAAGUGGAGAUCACGAAAGAAAAAAAUAAUGUUGAAUCAGUCAAGGUUGAGAUGAAAAGACAGAAAGAAGACCUGGACAAGCAGUUGGAAGAGAUGAAAACAGAGAAGAAAAAUGUUGAUAUCAUUAAGGCUGACCUACAAAAAGAGAAAGAAGAAAUUGAAGAAAGGAGAGGAGAUAUUGCUAGACAAAAAGCUGAUGUUGAAAAUGUCAAAGCUGAUAUUAAACUACAAACAGAAGACCUAAAUAAUAAGUUGGAAGAGAUGAGGACAGAGAAAGACAUGUUACAGAAGAUGCAUCUUGACAUUCAAAAAGAGAAAGAUGAAGUCCACAAACACAAGGAAGAGAUCAUACAGGAGAAGGCUGAGAUUGAGAUGAUGAAAGCUGAGAUACACCAAAUGAAAGAAAAAACCAUGAAGGACACAGAAAAUUUGGAAAAGAUGAUGGGUGAGAUAAUUAAACAGAAAGAAGACCUUGAAAUGGAAACUGCAGAGAUACAGACAGAGAAGGACAAAAUGACGAAGAUUAUGGUUGAUCUGGAGAAAAAGAACAAAGAUGCAGAUAAACACCUAGAGGACAUAAUGUCAGAAAAAAAUGCCAUUGAACAGAUGAGGGAUGACAUGAAAAAACAAGAAGAUGACCUGGAAAAAAGAAUGAAAGACAUGAAAAAAGAAGAGGACAAGAUUAGCAUUGCUAUUGUUGACUUAGAAAGACAGAAAGAAUUGAUAGAAGAAAGCAAGGCGGACAUCAUGAAAGAAAAAAAUGAUGUUGAGUCAGUCAAGGUUGAGAUGAAAAGAAAGAAAGAAGACCUGGAAAAGCAGUUGGAAGAGAUGAAAACAGAGAAGAAAAAGGUUGAUAUCAUUAAGGCUGACCUACAGAAAGAGAAAGAAGAAAUUGAAGAAAGCAGAGACGAUAUUGCUAGACAAAAAGCUGAUGUUGAAAAUGUCAAAGCUGAUAUUAAACUACAAACAGAAGACCUAAAUAAUAAGUUGGAAGAGAUGAGGACAGAGAAAGACGUGUUACAGAAGAUGCAUCUUGACAUUCAAAAAGAGAAAGAUGAAGUCCACAAACACAAGGAAGAGAUCAUACAGGAGAAGGCUGAGAUUGAGAUGAUGAAAGCUGAGAUACACCAAAUGAAAGAAAAAACCAUGAAGGACACAGAAAAUUUGGAAAAGAUGAUGGGUGAGAUAAUUAAACAGAAAGAAGACCUUGAAAUGGAAACUGCAGAGAUACAGACAGAGAAGGACAAAAUGACGAAGAUUAUGGUUGAUCUGGAGAAAAAGAACAAAGAUGCAGAUAAACACCUAGAGGACAUAAUGUCAGAAAAAAAUGCCAUUGAACAGAUGAGGGAUGACAUGAAAAAACAAGAAGAUGACCUGGAAAAAAGAAUGAAAGACAUGAAAAAAGAAGAGGACAAGAUUAGCAUUGCUAUUGUUGACUUAGAAAGACAGAAAGAAUUGAUAGAAGAAAGCAAGGCGGACAUCAUGAAAGAAAAAAAUGAUGUUGAGUCAGUCAAGGUUGAGAUAAAAAGACAGAAAGAAGACCUGGAGAACGAGUUAGAAGAGAUGAAAACAGAGAAGAAAAAGGUUGAUAUCAUUAAGGCUGACCUACAGAAAGAGAAAGAAGAAAUUGAAGAAAGUAGAGGAGAUAUUGCUAGACAAAAAGCUGAUGUUGAAAAGGUCAAAGCUGAUAUUAAACUACAAACAGAAGACCUAAAUAAUAAGUUGGAAGAGAUGAGGACAGAGAAAGACAUGUUACAGAAGAUGCAUCUUGACAUUCAAAAAGAGAAAGAUGAAGUCAACAAAGACAAGGAAGAGAUCAUACAGGAGAAGGCUGAGAUUGAGAUGAUGAAAGCUGAGAUACACCAAAUGAAAGAAAAAACCACGAAGGAUACAGAAAAUUUGGAAAAGAUGAUGAGUGAGAUAAUUAAACAGAAAGAAGACCUUGAAAUGGAAACUGCCCAGAUACAGACAGAGAAAGACAAAAUGACAAAGAUUAUAGUUGAUUUGGAGAAAAAGAACAAAGAUGCAGAUAAACACCUAGAGGACAUAAUGUCAGAAAAAAAUGCCAUUGAACAGAUGAGGGAUGACAUGAAAAAACAAGAAGAUGACCUGGAAAAAAGAAUGAAAGACAUGAAAAAAGAAGAGGACAAGAUUAGCAUUGCUAUUGUUGACUUAGAAAGACAGAAAGAAUUGAUAGAAGAAAGCAAGGCGGACAUCAUGAAAGAAAAAAAUGAUGUUGAGUCAGUCAAGGUUGAGAUGAAAAGAAAGAAAGAAGACCUGGAAAAGCAGUUGGAAGAGAUGAAAACAGAGAAGAAAAAGGUUGAUAUCAUUAAGGCUGACCUACAGAAAGAGAAAGAAGAAAUUGAAGAAAGCAGAGACGAUAUUGCUAGACAAAAAGCUGAUGUUGAAAAUGUCAAAGCUGAUAUUAAACUACAAACAGAAGACCUAAAUAAUAAGUUGGAAGAGAUGAGGACAGAGAAAGACGUGUUACAGAAGAUGCAUCUUGACAUUCAAAAAGAGAAAGAUGAAGUCCACAAACACAAGGAAGAGAUCAUACAGGAGAAGGCUGAGAUUGAGAUGAUGAAAGCUGAGAUACACCAAAUGAAAGAAAAAACCAUGAAGGACACAGAAAAUUUGGAAAAGAUGAUGGGUGAGAUAAUUAAACAGAAAGAAGACCUUGAAAUGGAAACUGCAGAGAUACAGACAGAGAAGGACAAAAUGACGAAGAUUAUGGUUGAUCUGGAGAAAAAGAACAAAGAUGCAGAUAAACACCUAGAGGACAUAAUGUCAGAAAAAAAUGCCAUUGAACAGAUGAGGGAUGACAUGAAAAAACAAGAAGAUGACCUGGAAAAAAGAAUGAAAGACAUGAAAAAAGAAGAGGACAAGAUUAGCAUUGCUAUUUUUGACUUAGAAAGACAGAAAGAAUUGAUAGAAGAAAGCAAGGCGGACAUCAUGAAAGAAAAAAAUGAUGUUGAGUCAGUCAAGGUUGAGAUGAAAAGAAAGAAAGAAGACCUGGAGAACGAGUUAGAAGAGAUGAAAACAGAGAAGAAAAAGGUUGAUAUCAUUAAGGCUGACCAACAGAAAGAGAAAGAAGAAAUGGAAGAAAUCAGAGAAGAUAUUGAAAGACAAAGAGCUGAUGUUGAAAAGGUCAAAGCUGAUAUUAAACAACAGUCAGAAGACCUAAAUAAUAAGUUGGAAGAGAUGAGGACAGAGAAAGACGUGUUACAGAAGAUGCAUCUUGACAUUCAAAAAGAGAAAGAUGAAGUCAACAAAGACAAGGAAGAGAUCAUACAGGAGAAGGCUGAGAUUGAGAUGAUGAAAGCUGAGAUACACCAAAUGAAAGAAAAAACCACGAAGGAUACAGAAAAUUUGGAAAAGAUGAUGAGUGAGAUAAUUAAACAGAAAGAAGACCUUGAAAUGGAAACUGCCCAGAUACAGACAGAGAAAGACAAAAUGACAAAGAUUAUAGUUGAUUUGGAGAAAAAGAACAAAGAUGCAGAUAAACACCUAGAGGACAUAAUGUCAGAAAAAAAUGCCAUUGAACAGAUGAGGGAUGACAUGAAAAAACAAGAAGAUGACCUGGAAAAAAGAAUGAAAGACAUGAAAAAAGAAGAGGACAAGAUUAGCAUUGCUAUUGUUGACUUAGAAAGACAGAAAGAAUUGAUAGAAGAAAGCAAGGCGGACAUCAUGAAAGAAAAAAAUGAUGUUGAGUCAGUCAAGGUUGAGAUGAAAAAAAAGAAAGAAGACUUGGAAAAGCAGUUGGAAGAGAUGAAAACAGAGAAGAAAAAGGUUGAUAUCAUUAAGGCUGACCUACAGAAAGAGAAAGAAGAAAUUGAAGAAAGCAGAGACGAUAUUGCUAGACAAAAAGCUGAUGUUGAAAAGGUCAAAGCUGAUAUUAAACAACAGUCAGAAGACCUAAAUAAUAAGUUGGAAGAGAUGAGGACAGAGAAAGACGUGUUACAGAAGAUGCAUCUUGACAUUCAAAAAGAGAAAGAUGAAGUCAACAAAGACAAGGAAGAGAUCAUACAGGAGAAGGCUGAGAUUGAGAUGAUGAAAGCUGAGAUACACCAAAUGAAAGAAAAAACCACGAAGGAUACAGAAAAUUUGGAAAAGAUGAUGAGUGAGAUAAUUAAACAGAAAGAAGACCUUGAAAUGGAAACUGCCCAGAUACAGACAGAGAAGGACAAAAUGACAAAGAUUAUAGUUGAUUUGGAGAAAAAGAACAAAGAUGCAGAUAAACACCUAGAGGACAUAAUGUCAGAAAAAAAUGCCAUUGAACAGAUGAGGGAUGACAUGAAAAAACAAGAAGAUGACCUGGAAAAAAGAAUGAAAGACAUGAAAAAAGAAGAGGACAAGAUUAGCAUUGCUAUUGUUGACUUAGAAAGACAGAAAGAAGUGAUAGAAGAAAGCAAGGCGGAGAUCAUGAAAGAAAAAAAUGAUGUUGAGUCAGUCAAGGUUGAGAUGAAAAGAAAGAAAGAAGACCUGGAAAAGCAGUUGGAAGAGAUGAAAACAGAGAAGAAAAAGGUUGAUAUCAUUAAGGCUGACCUACAGAAAGAGAAAGAAGAAAUUGAAGAAAGCAGAGACGAUAUUGCUAGACAAAAAGCUGAUGUUGAAAAGGUCAAAGCUGAUAUUAAACAACAGUCAGAAGACCUAAAUAAUAAGUUGGAAGAGAUGAGGACAGAGAAAGACGUGUUACAGAAGAUGCAUCUUGACAUUCAAAAAGAGAAAGAUGAAGUCAACAAAGACAAGGAAGAGAUCAUACAGGAGAAGGCUGAGAUUGAGAUGAUGAAAGCUGAGAUACACCAAAUGAAAGAAAAAACCAUGAAGGACACAGAAAAUUUGGAAAAGAGGAUGGGUGAGAUAAUUAAACAGAAAGAAGACCUUGAAAUGGAAACUGCCCAGAUACAGACAGAGAAGGACAAAAUGACAAAGAUUAUAGUUGAUUUGAAGAAAAAGAACAAAGAUGCGGAUAAACACCUAGAGGACAUAAUGUCAGAAAAAAAUGCCAUUGAACAGAUGAGGGAUGACAUGAAAAAACAAGAAGAUGACCUGGAAAAAAGAAUGAAAGACAUGAAAAAAGAAGAGGACAAGAUUAGCAUUGCUAUUGUUGACUUAGAAAGACAGAAAGAAGUGAUAGAAGAAAGCAAGGCGGAGAUCAUGAAAGAAAAAAAUGAUGUUGAGUCAGUCAAGGUUGAGAUGAAAAGAAAGAAAGAAGACCUGGAAAAGCAGUUGGAAGAGAUGAAAACAGAGAAGAAAAAGGUUGAUAUCAUUAAGGCUGACCUACAGAAAGAGAAAGAAGAAAUUGAAGAAAGCAGAGACGAUAUUGCUAGACAAAAAGCUGAUGUUGAAAAGGUCAAAGCUGAUAUUAAACAACAGUCAGAAGACCUAAAUAAUAAGUUGGAAGAGAUGAGGACAGAGAAAGACGUGUUACAGAAGAUGCAUCUUGACAUUCAAAAAGAGAAAGAUGAAGUCAACAAAGACAAGGAAGAGAUCAUACAGGAGAAGGCUGAGAUUGAGAUGAUGAAAGCUGAGAUACACCAAAUGAAAGAAAAAACCACGAAGGAUACAGAAAAUUUGGAAAAGAUGAUGAGUGAGAUAAUUAAACAGAAAGAAGACCUUGAAAUGGAAACUGCCCAGAUACAGACAGAGAAGGACAAAAUGACAAAGAUUAUAGUUGAUUUGGAGAAAAAGAACAAAGAUGCAGAUAAACACCUAGAGGACAUAAUGUCAGAAAAAAAUGCCAUUGAACAGAUGAGGGAUGACAUGAAAAAACAAGAAGAUGACCUGGAAAAAAGAAUGAAAGACAUGAAAAAAGAAGAGGACAAGAUUAGCAUUGCUAUUGUUGACUUAGAAAGACAAAAAGAAGUGAUAGAAGAAAGCAAGGCGGAGAUCAUGAAAGAAAAAAAUGAUGUUGAGUCAGUCAAGGUUGAGAUGAAAAGAAAGAAAGAAGACCUGGAAAAGCAGUUGGAAGAGAUGAAAACAGAGAAGAAAAAGGUUGAUAUCAUUAAGGCUGACCUACAGAAAGAGAAAGAAGAAAUUGAAGAAAGCAGAGACGAUAUUGCUAGACAAAAAGCUGAUGUUGAAAAGGUCAAAGCUGAUAUUAAACAACAGUCAGAAGACCUAAAUAAUAAGUUGGAAGAGAUGAGGACAGAGAAAGACGUGUUACAGAAGAUGCAUCUUGACAUUCAAAAAGAGAAAGAUGAAGUCAACAAAGACAAGGAAGAGAUCAUACAGGAGAAGGCUGAGAUUGAGAUGAUGAAAGCUGAGAUACACCAAAUGAAAGAAAAAACCAUGAAGGACACAGAAAAUUUGGAAAAGAGGAUGGGUGAGAUAAUUAAACAGAAAGAAGACCUUGAAAUGGAAACUGCCCAGAUACAGACAGAGAAAGACAAAAUGACAAAGAUUAUAGUUGAUUUGGAGAAAAAGAACAAAGAUGCAGAUAAACACCUAGAGGACAUAAUGUCAGAAAAAAAUGCCAUUGAACAGAUGAGGGAUGACAUGAAAAAACAAGAAGAUGACCUGGAAAAAAGAAUGAAAGACAUGAAAAAAGAAGAGGACAAGAUUAGCAUUGCUAUUGUUGACUUAGAAAGACAGAAAGAAGUGAUAGAAGAAAGCAAGGCGGAGAUCAUGAAAGAAAAAAAUGAUGUUGAGUCAGUCAAGGUUGAGAUGAAAAGAAAGAAAGAAGACCUGGAAAAGCAGUUGGAAGAGAUGAAAACAGAGAAGAAAAAGGUUGAUAUCAUUAAGGCUGACCUACAGAAAGAGAAAGAAGAAAUUGAAGAAAGCAGAGACGAUAUUGCUAGACAAAAAGCUGAUGUUGAAAAGGUCAAAGCUGAUAUUAAACAACAGUCAGAAGACCUAAAUAAUAAGUUGGAAGAGAUGAGGACAGAGAAAGACGUGUUACAGAAGAUGCAUCUUGACAUUCAAAAAGAGAAAGAUGAAGUCAACAAAGACAAGGAAGAGAUCAUACAGGAGAAGGCUGAGAUUGAGAUGAUGAAAGCUGAGAUACACCAAAUGAAAGAAAAAACCACGAAGGAUACAGAAAAUUUGGAAAAGAUGAUGAGUGAGAUAAUUAAACAGAAAGAAGACCUUGAAAUGGAAACUGCCCAGAUACAGACAGAGAAAGACAAAAUGACAAAGAUUAUAGUUGAUUUGGAGAAAAAGAACAAAGAUGCAGAUAAACACCUAGAGGACAUAAUGUCAGAAAAAAAUGCCAUUGAACAGAUGAGGGAUGACAUGAAAAAACAAGAAGAUGACCUGGAAAAAAGAAUGAAAGACAUGAAAAAAGAAGAGGACAAGAUUAGCAUUGCUAUUGUUGACUUAGAAAGACAAAAAGAAGUGAUAGAAGAAAGCAAGGCGGAGAUCAUGAAAGAAAAAAAUGAUGUUGAGUCAGUCAAGGUUGAGAUGAAAAGAAAGAAAGAAGACCUGGAAAAGCAGUUGGAAGAGAUGAAAACAGAGAAGAAAAAGGUUGAUAUCAUUAAGGCUGACCUACAGAAAGAGAAAGAAGAAAUUGAAGAAAGCAGAGACGAUAUUGCUAGACAAAAAGCUGAUGUUGAAAAGGUCAAAGCUGAUAUUAAACAACAGUCAGAAGACCUAAAUAAUAAGUUGGAAGAGAUGAGGACAGAGAAAGACGUGUUACAGAAGAUGCAUCUUGACAUUCAAAAAGAGAAAGAUGAAGUCAACAAAGACAAGGAAGAGAUCAUACAGGAGAAGGCUGAGAUUGAGAUGAUGAAAGCUGAGAUACACCAAAUGAAAGAAAAAACCACGAAGGAUACAGAAAAUUUGGAAAAGAUGAUGAGUGAGAUAAUUAAACAGAAAGAAGACCUUGAAAUGGAAACUGCCCAGAUACAGACAGAGAAGGACAAAAUGACAAAGAUUAUAGUUGAUUUAGAGAAAAAGAACAAAGAUGCAGAUAAACACCUAGAGGACAUAAUGUCAGAAAAAAAUGCCAUUGAACAGAUGAGGGAUGACAUGAAAAAACAAGAAGAUGACCUGGAAAAAAGAAUGAAAGACAUGAAAAAAGAAGAGGACAAGAUUAGCAUUGCUAUUGUUGACUUAGAAAGACAGAAAGAAUUGAUAGAAGAAAGCAAGGCAGACAUCAUGAAAGAAAAAAAUGAUGUUGAGUCAGUCAAGGUUGAGAUAAAAAGACAGAAAGAAGACCUGGAAAACCAGUUAGAAGAGAUGAAAACAGAGAAGAAAAAGGUUGAUAUCAUUAAGGCUGACCAACAGAAAGAGAAAGAAGAAAUUGAAGAAAUCAGAGAAGAUAUUGAAAGACAAAGAGCUGAUGUUGAAAAGGUCAAAGCUGAUAAUAAACAACAGUCAGAAGACCUAAAUAAUAAGUUGGAAGAGAUGAGGACAGAGAAAGACGUGUUACAGAAGAUGCAUCUUGACAUUCAAAAAGAGAAAGAUGAAGUCAACAAAGACAAGGAAGAGAUCAUACAGGAGAAGGCUGAGAUUGAGAUGAUGAAAGUUGAGAUACACCAAAUGAAAGAAAAAACCACGAAGGAUACAGAAAAUUUGGAAAAGAUGAUGAGUGAGAUAAUUAAACAGAAAGAAGACCUUGAAAUGGAAACUGCCCAGAUACAGACAGAGAAAGACAAAAUGACAAAGAUUAUAGUUGAUUUGGAGAAAAAGAACAAAGAUGCAGAUAAACACCUAGAGGACAUAAUGUCAGAAAAAAAUGCCAUUGAACAGAUGAGGGAUGACAUGAAAAAACAAGAAGAUGACCUGGAAAAAAGAAUGAAAGACAUGAAAAAAGAAGAGGACAAGAUUAGCAUUGCUAUUGUUGACUUAGAAAGACAGAAAGAAUUGAUAGAAGAAAGCAAGGCGGACAUCAUGAAAGAAAAAAAUGAUGUUGAGUCAGUCAAGGUUGAGAUAAAAAGACAGAAAGAAGACCUGGAAAACCAGUUAGAAGAGAUGAAAACAGAGAAGAAAAAGGUUGAUAUCAUUAAGGCUGACCAACAGAAAGAGAAAGAAGAAAUUGAAGAAAUCAGAGAAGAUAUUGAAAGACAAAGAGCUGAUGUUGAAAAGGUCAAAGCUGAUAAUAAACAACAGUCAGAAGACCUAAAUAAUAAGUUGGAAGAGAUGAGGACAGAGAAAGACGUGUUACAGAAGAUGCAUCUUGACAUUCAAAAAGAGAAAGAUGAAGUCAACAAAGACAAGGAAGAGAUCAUACAGGAGAAGGCUGAGAUUGAGAUGAUGAAAGCUGAGAUACACCAAAUGAAAGAAAAAACCAUGAAGGACACAGAAAAUUUGGAAAAGAGGAUGGGUGAGAUAAUUAAACAGAAAGAAGACCUUGAAAUGGAAACUGCCCAGAUACAGACAGAGAAGGACAAAAUGACAAAGAUUAUAGUUGAUUUGGAGAAAAAGAACAAAGAUGCAGAUAAACACCUAGAGGACAUAAUGUCAGAAAAAAAUGCCAUUGAACAGAUGAGGGAUGACAUGAAAAAACAAGAAGAUGACCUGGAAAAAAGAAUGAAAGACAUGAAAAAAGAAGAGGACAAGAUUAGCAUUGCUAUUGCUAACUUAGAAAAACAGAAAGAAGUGAUAGAAGAAAGCAAGGCGGAAAUCAUGAAAGAAAAAUGUGAUGUUGAGUCAGUCAAGGUUGAGAUGAAAAGACAGAAAGAAGACCUGGAAAACCAGUUGGAAGAGAUGAAAACAGAGAAGAAAAAGGUUGAUAUCAUUAAGGCUGACCAACAGAAAGAGAAAGAAGAAAUUGAAGAAAGCAGAGACGAUAUUGCUAGACAAAAAGCUGAUGUUGAAAAGGUCAAAGCUGAUAUUAAACAACAGUCAGAAGACCUAAAUAAUAAGUUGGAAGAGAUGAGGACAGAGAAAGACGUGUUACAGAAGAUGCAUCUUGACAUUCAAAAACAGAGAGAUGAAGUCAACAAAGACAAGGAAGAGAUUACAAAGGAGAAGGCUGAGAUUGAGAUGAUGAAGGCUGAGAUGCACCAAGCGAAAGAAAAGACCAUGAAAGACACAGAAAAUGUGGAAAGGAUAAAGCAUGAAAUAAUGGAACAGAAAGAAAACCUUGAAAGACAAAUUACAGAGAUCAAGAUAGAGAAAGACAAAUUGGGUAUAAUUAUGUUUGAUUUGGAGAAAAAGAACAAAGUAGUGGAUAAAGAGCUAGAGGAGAUACACAUGGAAAAAGAUGUCAUUGAACAGAUGAAGGCUCAAUUGAAAAAAGAAGAAGAUGAACUGGAAAACAGGAUGGUAGAUAUAAAGAAAGAGGAGAACAGUAUCUCCAUGAUUGUUCAUGACUUAGAAAGAAAAAUAGCAGACCUACAAAACAAGCUAGAAGAGCUGAGGAGAGAAAAGAAUGAGAUGGAGAUCAUCAUGACCAAGUUACGGGAUGAAAAAAAUGACAUUGAAAGAACAAAUGCAGAGAUUUUAAGGGAAAAGGAAACUAUUGACCAAAUUAAAGUUGAAAUAAGUAGACAAAAAUAUGCCAUUGAAAAAAGGAUUGAUGAGAUAAUGCAAGAGAAAAUAGAGAUGGCCAAGGUCAUGGCAGACACAGAAAGACAGAAAGAAGGAAUGAAAGAAACAAGAGUAGAGAUCAUGAGAGAAAAAGAUGCUGUUGAUCAGGCAAAGGCUGAGAUGAAAAUACAGAAAGAACUCCUGGAAAACCAGUUGGAAGAAAUAUGCAAAGAGAAGCAAAGGAUGGAUAUCAGUAUGGCUAACUUACAGAAAGAGAACGAAAAACUAGAAGAAAACAAGAAAGAGACUGUGUGGCAGAGAGCUGAUCUUGACAAGGCCAGAGUUGACACAAAAAAACAGAAAGAUGAACUGGAAACAAGGAUGGAAGAUGUGAAGAGAGAGAUGGAGAGGUUAGAGCAGAUUCACCUAAAGAUUCAGAAACAGAAUGAUGAAAUUAAAGAAAACAAAGAACAGGUAACACAGGAGAAGGCUGAGAUUGAGAUGAUAAAGGCUGAGAUUCAACAACAGACAGAAAAUACCAUUAAGGACAAGGAAAACCUUGAAAGGAUGAAGGAUGAAAUAGUUAAACAGAAAGAAGACCUUGAAACACAAAUUGCAGAGAUCAUGACAGAGAAAGACAAACUAGAUAUGAUUGUGCUUGAUUUGGAGAAAAAGAACAAAAAAGUGGAUAAAUACUUAGAGGAGAUAAUAAUGGAAAAAGAUUCCAUUGAAGAAAUUAAGUCUGAUUUGAAAAAACAAAAAUUUGAGCUAGAAAACAGGAUGAUAGAAAUAAAGAAAGAAGAGGACAGGAUUGUUGCCGACUUAGAAAGACAAAGAGAAGAGCUGAAAAACAAGCUGGAAGAGGUGAGGAGAGAAAAGGAUGACAUGAAGGUCACCAUGGCCAAGUUACAGGAACAAAAAGAAGAAAUUGAAAGAAAUAAUGAAAGGAUUUCAGGGGAAAGUGAAAUUAUUGACCAACUGAAAGCUGAAAUAAGUAGACAAAAAGUUGACCUUACUAAAAAUGUUGACAAAAUAAAACUAGAAGAAAUAGAGAUCGCCAAAGUCAUGGCAGACAUAGAAAGACAGAAAGAAGAAAUGGAAAAAACCAGGGUAGAGAUCAUGAGAGAAAAAGAGGAUGUUGAUCAGGCAAAGGCUGAGAUGAAAAGAUGGGAAGAGGACUUGGAACACAAGCUGGAAGAGAUUAGAAAAGAGGAGGAAAUGAUGGGUACCAGUAGGGCUGAUUCACAGAAAGUGAAAGAAGAACUUGAAGAAAGCAGAAGAGAUAUUGCUCGACAGGAAACUUAUAUCAAUCAAGUGAAAACUGAUAUUGAACAACAGAAAGAAGUCAUAAAAAACAAGUUGGAGGAGAUCAGCGAAGAGAAGGACAAAUUACAGCAGAUACAUCUUGACAUUCAGAAAGAAAAUGAAAUAAUUAAAGCAAACCAUGAAGAAGUCACAAGGGAAAAGAUUGAGAUUGAAAUGAUGAAGGCUGAGAUAAAACAACAAAAAGAAAAGACAAUAAAGGACACAGAAAUUCUGGAAAGAGUGAAGGAUGAAAUAGUCCAUCAAAAAGAAGAGGGAGAAAUCUGUUUAGUUGAGGUAAAAAAUAAAAGGGAAAUGAUGGACAUAAUGACAGCUAAAUUGGAGAAACAGGCAGAAGAAAUGGAGGAAUCCUGUGAUCAGGUUAGAAAGGAAAAGCAAGAGGUUGAGCAAGUCAAAUUUGAAAUGAGGAGACUAAAAGAUGAGCUUGAAACAAAAAUCAAAGAAAUAAAAGAAGAGAAGGACAACAUGGCCAUGAUUAUCCUUGAUUUGGGGAAAAAGAACAAUGAAGUGGAUGAACAGCUAAAGGGGAUUAAAAGGGAAAAAGAUGGCAUUGAACAGAUGAAGGUUCAGUUGAAAAAACAAGAAGAUGAACUGGAACACAGGUUGAUAGACAUAAAGAAAGAGGAGGACAAAAUUGCCAAGCUUGUUGCUGACCUAGAAAAACAAAGAGAAGACCUUGAAAUGGAAACUAUGGAGAUACAGAGAGAGAAGGACAAAUUGACAAAGAUUAUGGUUGAUUUGGAGCAAAAGAACAAAGAAGUAGAUAAACACUUAGAGGAGAUAAAAAGUGAAAAAGAAAACUUUGAACAAGUUCAGGCAGAUUUGAAAAAGGAAAAAGAUGACUUGGACAAUAGGAUGAUAGAUAUAAAGAAAGAAGAGGACAAAAUUGCCAAUAUUGUUGCUGACCUAGAAAGGCAGAGAGAAGACCUGAAAAACAAGCUGGAAGAAGUAAGGAAAGAAAAGGGUGAGAUGGAGAUUACCAUCACUGAUUUACAGAGAGAAAAAGAAGAAUUGGAAAGAACUAAAGCAGAGAAUUUAAGGGAAAAGGAAACUAUUGGUAAACUGAAAGCUGAAAUAAAGAGUCAAAAAGAUGACCUUGAAACCAAAAGAGUAGCCAUGUUACCAGAAAAGGCAGAGAUGGCCAUGGCAAUGCUGGAUGAAGAAAGGCUGAGGGAAGGAAUGGAAGAAAAAAGGGCAGAGGUCAGAAGAGAAAAAGAAGAUGAGUUGGUUGAGGCGGAGAUGGUAAGAUCAAAAGAAGACCUGGAAAAAUUGAUGGAAGAGAUGAGGACAGAAAAGGAAAAGAUGGAUUUAAUUAAGGCCGACAUUCAGAAAGAAAAAGAUUUUGUUGAAGAAAGCAGGAGAGGCAUCGCUUUGCAAAAAGAUGAUCUUGACAAGGUCAAAGCUAACAUUAAAAAACAGAAAGAUGAACUGGAAACAAGGAUGGAAGAUGUUAAGAAAGAGAUGGAAAAGUUAGGGCAGAUUCAGCUUGAUAUUCAGAGACAGAAUGAUGACAUUAAAGCAAUCAAGGAAGAACUAAGACGGGAGAAGGCUGAGAUACAGCAACAGAAAGACAAGUCCACAAAGGACACUGAAAAUGUGGAAAGGAUGAUGGCAGAAAUACUUAAACAAAAAGAAGACCUUGAAAUGGAAACUAUGGAGAUACAGAGAGAGAAGGACAAAUUGACAAAGAUUAUGGUUGAUUUGGAGCAAAAGAACAAAGAAGUAGAUAAACACUUAGAGGAGAUAAAAAGUGAAAAAGAAAACUUUGAACAAAUUCAGGCAGAUUUGAAAAAGGAAAAAGAUGACUUGGACAAUAGGAUGAUAGAUAUAAAGAAGGAAGAGGACAAAAUUGCCAAUAUUGUUGCUGACCUAGAAAGGCAGAGAGAAGACCUGAAAAACAAGCUGGAAGAAGUAAGGAAAGAAAAGGGUGAGAUGGAGAUUAUCAUCACUGAUUUACAGAGAGAAAAAGAAGAAUUGGAAAGAACUAAAGCAGAGAAUUUAAGGGAAAAGGAAACUAUUGGUAAACUGAAAGCUGAAAUAAAGAGUCAAAAAGAUGACCUUGAAACCAAAAGAGUAGCCAUGUUACCAGAAAAGGCAGAGAUGGCCAUGGCAAUGCUGGAUGAAGAAAGGCUGAGGGAAGGAAUGGAAGAAAAAAGGGCAGAGGUCAGAAGAGAAAAAGAAGAUGAGUUGGUUGAGGCGGAGAUGGUAAGAUCAAAAGAAGACCUGGAAAAAUUGAUGGAAGAGAUGAGGACAGAAAAGGAAAAGAUGGAUUUAAUUAAGGCCGACAUUCAGAAAGAAAAAGAUUUUGUUGAAGAAAGCAGGAGAGACAUCGCUUUGCAAAAAGAUGAUCUUGACAAGGUCAAAGCUAACAUUAAAAAACAGAAAAAUGAACUGGAAACAAGGAUGGAAGAUGUUAAGAAAGAGAUGGAAAAGUUAGGGCAGAUUCAGCUUGAUAUUCAGAGACAGAAUGAUGACAUUAAAGCAAUCAAGGAAGAACUAAGACGGGAGAAGGCUGAGAUACAGCAACAGAAAGACAAGUCCACGAAGGACACUGAAAAUGUGGAAAGGAUGAUGGCAGAAAUACUUAAACAAAAAGAAGACCUUGAAAUGGAAACUAUGGAGAUACAGAGAGAGAAGGACAAAUUGACAAAGAUUAUGGUUGAUUUGGAGCAAAAGAACAAAGAAGUAGAUAAACACUUAGAGGAGAUAAAAAGUGAAAAAGAAAACUUUGAACAAAUUCAGGCAGAUUUGAAAAAGGAAAAAGAUGACUUGGACAAUAGGAUGAUAGAUAUAAAGAAGGAAGAGGACAAAAUUGCCAAUAUUGUUGCUGACCUAGAAAGGCAGAGAGAAGACCUGAAAAACAAGCUGGAAGAAGUAAGGAAAGAAAAGGGUGAGAUGGAGAUUAUCAUCACUGAUUUACAGAGAGAAAAAGAAGAAUUGGAAAGAACUAAAGCAGAGAAUUUAAGGGAAAAGGAAACUAUUGGUAAACUGAAAGCUGAAAUAAGGAGUCAAAAAGAUGACCUUGAAACCAAAAGAGUAGCCAUGUUACCAGAAAAGGCAGAGAUGGCCGUGGCAAUGCUGGAUGAAGAAAGGCUGAGGGAAGGAAUGGAAGACAAAAGGGCAGAGGUCAGAAGAGAAAAGGAGGAUGAGUUGGUUGAGGCGGAGAUGGUAAGAUCAAAAGAAGACCUGGAAAAAUUGAUGGAAGAGAUGAGGACAGAAAAGGAAAAGAUGGAUUUAAUUAAGGCCGACAUUCAGAAAGAAAAAGAUUUUGUUGAAGAAAGCAGGAGAGACAUCGCUUUGCAAAAAGAUGAUCUUGACAAGGUCAAAGCUAACAUUAAAAAACAGAAAGAUGAACUGGAAAGAAGGAUGGAAGAAGUUAAGAAAGAGAUGGAAAAGUUAGGGCAGAUUCAGCUCGAUAUUCAGAAACAGAAUGAUGACAUUAAAGCAAUCAAGGAAGAACUAAGACGGGAGAAGGCUGAGAUACAGCAACAGAAAGACAAGUCCAUGAAGGACACUGAAAAUCUGGAAAGGAUGAUGGCAGAAAUACUUAAACAAAAAGAAGACCUUGAAAUGGAAACUAUGGAGAUACAGAGAGAGAAGGACAAAUUGACAAAGAUUAUGGUUGAUUUGGAGCAAAAGAACAAAGAAGUAGAUAAACACUUAGAGGAGAUAAAAAGUGAAAAAGAAAACUUUGAACAAAUUCAGGCAGAUUUGAAAAAGGAAAAAGAUGACUUGGACAAUAGGAUGAUAGAUAUAAAGAAGGAAGAGGACAAAAUUGCCAAUAUUGUUGCUGACCUAGAAAGGCAGAGAGAAGACCUGAAAAACAAGCUGGAAGAAGUAAGGAAAGAAAAGGGUGAGAUGGAGAUUAUCAUCACUGAUUUACAGAGAGAAAAAGAAGAAUUGGAAAGAACUAAAGCAGAGAAUUUAAGGGAAAAGGAAACUAUUGGUAAACUGAAAGCUGAAAUAAGGAGUCAAAAAGAUGACCUUGAAACCAAAAGAGUAGCCAUGUUACCAGAAAAGGCAGAGAUGGCCGUGGCAAUGCUGGAUGAAGAAAGGCUGAGGGAAGGAAUGGAAGACAAAAGGGCAGAGGUCAGAAGAGAAAAAGAGGAUGAGUUGGUUGAGGCGGAGAUGGUAAGAUCAAAAGAAGACCUGGAAAAAUUGAUGGAAGAGAUGAGGACAGAAAAGGAAAAGAUGGAUUUAAUUAAGGCCGACAUUCAGAAAGAAAAAGAUUUUGUUGAAGAAAGCAGGAGAGACAUCGCUUUGCAAAAAGAUGAUCUUGACAAGGUCAAAGCUAACAUUAAAAAACAGAAAGAUGAACUGGAAACAAGGAUGGAAGAAGUUAAGAAAGAGAUGGAAAAGUUAGGGCAGAUUCAGCUUGAUAUUCAGAAACAGAAUGAUGACAUUAAAGCAAUCAAGGAAGAACUAAGACGGGAGAAGGCUGAGAUACAGCAACAGAAAGACAAGUCCACGAAGGACACUGAAAAUCUGGAAAGGAUGAUGGCAGAAAUACUUAAACAAAAGGAAGACCUUGAAAUGGAAACUAUGGAGAUACAGAGAGAGAAGGACAAAAUGAAAAAGAUUAUGGUUGAUUUGGAGCAAAAGAACAAAGAAGUAGAUAAACACUUAGAGGAGAUAAAAAGUGAAAAAGAAAACUUUGAACAAAUUCAGGCAGAUUUGAAAAAGGAAAAAGAUGACUUGGACAAUAGGAUGAUAGAUAUAAAGAAGGAAGAGGACAAAAUUGCCAAUAUUGUUGCUGACCUAGAAAGGCAGAGAGAAGACCUGAAAAACAAGCUGGAAGAAGUAAGGAAAGAAAAGGGUGAGAUGGAGAUUAUCAUCACUGAUUUACAGAGAGAAAAAGAAGAAUUGGAAAGAACUAAAGCAGAGAAUUUAAGGGAAAAGGAAACUAUUGGUAAACUGAAAGCUGAAAUAAGGAGUCAAAAAGAUGACCUUGAAACCAAAAGAGUAGCCAUGUUACCAGAAAAGGCAGAGAUGGCCGUGGCAAUGCUGGAUGAAGAAAGGCUGAGGGAAGGAAUGGAAGACAAAAGGGCAGAGGUCAGAAGAGAAAAGGAGGAUGAGUUGGUUGAGGCGGAGAUGGUAAGAUCAAAAGAAGACCUGGAAAAAUUGAUGGAAGAGAUGAGGACAGAAAAGGAAAAGAUGGAUUUAAUUAAGGCCGACAUUCAGAAAGAAAAAGAUUUUGUUGAAGAAAGCAGGAGAGACAUCGCUUUGCAAAAAGAUGAUCUUGACAAGGUCAAAGCUAACAUUAAAAAACAGAAAGAUGAACUGGAAACAAGGAUGGAAGAUGUUAAGAAAGAGAUGGAAAAGUUAGGGCAGAUUCAGCUUGAUAUUCAGAAACAGAAUGAUGACAUUAAAGCAAUCAAGGAAGAACUAAGACGGGAGAAGGCUGAGAUACAGCAACAGAAAGACAAGUCCAUGAAGGACACUGAAAAUCUGGAAAGGAUGAUGGCAGAAAUACUUAAACAAAAAGAAGACCUUGAAAUGGAAACUAUGGAGAUACAGAGAGAGAAGGACAAAUUGACAAAGAUUAUGGUUGAUUUGGAGCAAAAGAACAAAGAAGUAGAUAAACACUUAGAGGAGAUAAAAAGUGAAAAAGAAAACUUUGAACAAAUUCAGGCAGAUUUUAAAAAGGAAAAAGAUGACUUGGACAAUAGGAUGAUAGAUAUAAAGAAGGGGGAGGACCAAAUUGCCAUGAGUAUUGCUGAAUUGGAAAGUCAGAAAGGAGACCUGCACUAUAAACUGGAAGAGGUGAGGAGAGAGAAGGAUGAGAUGGAGAUCAUCAUGGCUAAUUUACUGGGAGAAAAAGAAGAAAUUGUUAGAACUAAGGCAGAGAUAGUGAGUGAAAAGCAAACUAUUGACCAAUUGAAAACUGAACUUAGACUAAAAGAUGAGCCUGGAACAAAAACAGAAGAUAUAAACCUAGAAAAGGGAGAAAUUGGCAUCUUAGUAACAGACAAACAAAAAGAUGAAAUGGGUGAAAUCAAGGCAGAGGUCUUGAGAGAAAAAGAAGAUACUGAGUUAGCCAAGGCUGAGAUGAAAAGAGACAAAGAUGACCUGGAAAUGAAGUGGAAAGAGCUGAUGACAGAGAAGGAACGGAUUGAGAUCACCAUGGCCAACUUAGAGAAACAGAAAGAAGAAACUGAACAAAUCAGGAGAGACACACUGAGGGAGAAAAUGCACAUUCAACAGAUCAAGUUAGAGUUACAAAGACAGAAAGAAGACACGGAACACAGGCUAGUGGCUAAAAAGACAGCGGUUGAAACUACAGAGGCAGAGUCACAGACUGCAGAAGUAGAGUGGGAGAAAAUAAGGGAUGAAACAGUGAAAGAAAUGAUGGAACACUUUAUGGAAAAGAUAAUGAGAGAAAGGGAUGAUUUGGAAGUGACUAAAGCUCAGAUAAGCAGACAGAAAUUUGAAAUUGAGAGUAGAAUAGAAGAGGCAAAGAGGGAGAAGGCUUAUUUGCUGAGACUGAAUGAAGAAAUUGAACAAAAAAGGCAUGAGGCAAUGAGAGAGAAGUAUAACAUGGAAGAAAUAAAAGCUAAAAUACAGAGACAGAAAGAGGACUUAGAAAAGAGAAUGGAGGAAACACACAGGAUGGAAGAGAUGAAAGGUCCACUGCUGAGGGCAAUACAAGAAUUAGAACAAUGCAGGAAAGAAAUACAGAGAGUAAAACAAGAAAUGGAACAAAGCAGGGAAGAGACAAGGCAGGAGAAGGACAGAAUGGAACUCAUGAAGAUUGAGAUACGGACAUUAAAGCAUCAGCUGAAUGAACAAAGAGGUAUAAUUGUAAAUAAAGAGUUGAAACAUAUUGGAAUGCAGACAGAUUUGGAAUAUCUGGAACAUACCAAAUCUCACUUAAAGGGAACCAUGGAGGAUAUGGACAGCAUGGGAGAUGAGACAGAUACUUACAGAGAGCUGGAAGGCGGAGUGGAAAAAACAACAAGAGAAAAGGACAAAAUGACCCUUUUGGAAACUGAGAUAAUGAGAGACAGAGAAGCUCAGGAGCGACUGCAGGAUGAGACCAUGAGAAAAAAACAACAUAUUUUCCAGAUCAAGACAGAGAUACAUGGAGUAAAGGGCGAAAUGGAGAAAAGACAGGAGGAAGACCAGAAAGAAGAGCUGGACCAGAGACCUGAUUUACUCAGAGAGGGGGAAGAACUGGAACAGAGACCUGAUUUCCAGAGAGAGGAGGAAGAGCUGGACCAGAGACCUGAUUUCCAGAGAGAGGGGGAAGAACUGGAACAGAGACCAGAUUUCCAGAGAGAGGGGGAAGAGCUGGAACAGAGACCUGAUGUCCAGAGUGAGAGGGAACAGCUGGAACAGAGACCAGAUUUCCAGAGUGAGAGGGAAGAGCUGGAAAAGAUGAAGAUUGAGAUAGAGACAACCAAGAACUUGUUGAAGAGAAGAGAAGAUGAGUUGGAGAAACUAAAGGACAAGAUGCUCAAAGACAUAGAGGAACUGAGGAAGGAAAAGGAAACAGAAAUCAAGGGACUAAAGGAAGAAAAGAAAAUAGAGAUAGAACAACCCAAGACCAUGGAGAAAAAGAAGCUAAAGAAAUUUAAGGACAAAAAGAAAAGGACACUGAAGGAGGAGAAAGAAGGGGUAGCAGUGGAGUGGUUCAUGGAAGAGACACACGGACAGAUGGACAGACCUACUGAGAAACUGUAUUUGCCUGAAGGACACUCUUCCCUGGGUCAAAUGAUGAGAGAGAGUGAUGCUCAGGAGAGACAGCAGGAUGAGACAAUGAGAGAAGACCAAAUUCUUGACCUGGUCAAGAGAGAGAUACAUGGAAUUGAGGAAGAGGUGGGGAAAAUACAGGAGGAGGACCAGAAGGAACAACUGGAACAGAGACCUGAUUUACAGAGAGAGAGGGAAGAGCUGGAAAAGAUGAAGAUAGAAAUACAGAUAACCAAGGACUUGUUGAGGAGAAGAGAACAGGAGAUGGAAAAUCUAAAGGAUGAGAUGGUCAAAGACAUGGAGAAACUAAAGGAGGAAAAGGAAACAGAAAUUGCAAGACUGAAGGAAGAGAAGAUCGUAGAGAUGGAACAACUUGAUGAAAAGAGCCUGAAGAAAGAGAGGCUAAAGGAAUUUAGUGACAGACGGAAAAAGACAACGAAGGAGGAGGAAGAAGGGGUAGAAGUGGAGUCGUUCAUGGAAGAGACACACAGACAGAAGGACAGAUCAUCUGAGGAACUGAGACCUGAUUUACAGAGAGAGAAGGAAGAGCAGGAACAGAGACCUGAUUUCCAGAGAGAGAGGGAAGAGCUGGAAAAGAUGAAGAUAGAAAUACAGAUAACCAAGGACUUGUUGAGGAGAAGAGAACAGGAGAUGGAAAAUCUAAAGGAUGAGAUGGUCAAAGACAUGGAGAAACUAAAGGAGGAAAAGGAAACAGAAAUUGCAAGACUGAAGGAAGAGAAGAUCGUAGAGAUGGAACAACUUGAGGAUGAAAAGAGCCUGAAUAAAGAGAGGCUAAAGGAAUUUAAAGACAGACGGAAAAAGACAACGAAGGAGGAGGAAGGAGGGGUAGAAGUGGAGUCGUUCAUGGAAGAGACACACAGACAGAUGGACAGACCAGCUGAGGAACUGGUACUUUCCAUAUCUACCACAGAAUAUCUCAGUCGAUCCCAGCAGUACACAGUUAGAGAGGUGGCUGAGAAAAGCACACAGACCGUACGAGGUCGUCGGAGAUUCAGAAGAGUGUUGGGUUGGCUCAGGCAAUGCUGCUGUCAGAGAGAGCCUGGAGAAUUAGAAUGAGAUAUUUAAUUUAGUAAGCUUCUGAUUCUAGGUUAAUGGUGAAAUGGGUGUGUGCAUGCAUGCAUGCAUCUAUGUGCAUGUGUGUGUGCACGCGUGCAUGUGUGUGUGUGUGCUAGCAUGCAUGUACGUGUGUGUGUGUGUGUGUGUGUGUGUGUGUUCAGACCAUGAAAAAAAUAUAUACAUUUGGAGGUACUGUAACCCCCUUUAAUCAUGGAUUCAAUCAAAAAUAAUAUUUAAAUGACUGCAAAACUCAGUGAGUUCAAUAUGCAACUAAAUUGAGUAAACAAUAUUUGUUUCCAUUGAAAUAGCACAUGCAAUUAAAUGUGGCUCGUACUUAAAGACAAAUGUUGAUUGAAACCACUCUCACAAUAUAGGGUGAUCAAAUUAUAUUAAUUAAACCUAUGGACAUACAGUACUGUGCAAUAGCAUAGUACAGUUUAAAUGGAUAAAUUAGACUAUAAUUGUUGAUGAUGCAUCUGAUGAACAUCAUUGAAGAUAUACUUAUUCACAUUCAUUCAUACUUACAUACAUACAUUUUUAUUAAUGUUUCUCAAGUUGCCUGUGCUUUACUUUGCUUAUAAUUAAAAUAAUAAACCCGGCUGAGCAGUCCACAGCUAAUAUGUAGGAUUAUUCAAUCACAUGAAAUUCUUAAAUGCAGAGACCAGAAAACAUACCUUAAUUUUCAGUGAUUUUUCUCAUUUCUUUUUUUCCAGCUUUUGCCUGAAGGACAGUCUUUCCUGAGUCGAAACAUGUGGAGAUUAGCCAGUGUAUUUUGUCAAUGCUGGAUAUUUCUUUUGUUUUUUAUUUUUUUGGCUGUAUACAUCC